GAUACAGCCUGGCCGCCAUGACCCCUUUUUCUCUUGAACAGCCGGAUUACUCUCUUCUUCAUCCUUCCUUACCCGCUCUCCUCACGCAAGUCUUUCCGAUCUGUGGCUAGAACGUCUAACCCACAGCCUUUCGCACUCAACACUAGCAGGGGCUGUCUAUCUUCGCUGCCGAACCUCAGCUAGCAGUACUGUACUGCGACAUGCAUGCUGCGCAGUAUGGCCUAUCUUAACACCACCGGUCUAGCAGUCGGGAUGAUGCUUCUCGGGAUCGAAAACACUGGCAUGCACAUCACAUCCGAUGGCCGCCUGGUUGACUAUCGCCUUCGACCCGGCAUCCAAGCUAACCCACAAUCUGCAAAUGGAAAGAAAACAGCCUUUACGGACAAAGAAGUCGAAUUGCUUCGCCUGUGGAUGGCGACUUCCUCUGAUGAUACUCAUCUGAAGAUCUCCCCUUUUGAGACUCUGGAAAAUGUGCUUCCCACACAUACCUUUCUAGCGUGGAAAUCGAAAUGGAAAGAAGGAGGCGUCCAAAAGCUUGCCCCUGUCACUCUACGGACUGAUGCCCCCUACAAGAAUCUCAAAUCCAGCGAAGAGCUGGUGGCCUCCGCGGAAGCUCCUCUGGUCACCACGAUAUCGCCAGACACUCUGACGACGCCAUCGACCAACGAGUCCAUCUGCAUUGCCACGAAAGCAACAACAACCUUGACACCAUCCGAAAUUUCCACGUCUAGCAGCUCGAGCGAUGGUACCAACCCGUGUGUAGCCACUGAACCUCGACAGCCUACUGUUGAUGGUGGUCACGGCGAAAGUAAACGGCAAUCGGCAUCGCAGCCUGGCCUGCGCCAAGAUGAAGCUCCCUCCUACUAUGAGCUGCGGGCAGAUAGACUCAGCAACAUACUUCGAGAACUCGAUAUUGAAGAUGAAGCGGCCUUUGAAAGAUGGUUGGCACAGCCGUUCGUCCGUUCGGCCUACAAUGAAGUUUUCACGUCAAUGAUUGUCCCAGAAAUCGCCAAUACCGAAGCAAUACGUGCACUGGACCAGCGGCCAUGCUAUAACGAAACCGCCUCGACCCUCAAUUCGAGAGUGGCUAAAGCGAUGGACGCGCUAGGCAACGGGUCGUCAAAAUUUCUGUCCCAAAACCCCGACAAGAGUGGGUGGAUGAAAGAUGACCAUAGCGUCAGGUUCAUCGUUAGUAUGGUCUCGGGAGGACGCGCCCCAGGCUCCUGCUGGAAUCGGUUCGACAAUCCCAAGGACCAAGAACACCUGUGUCAAAAGGCGUUGUUGCUUUUGCGGUGGCUACAGUGGGUGUAUCGUCCUGCAGGAGGAAGCAGUCUUGAUUCGAUCCGAAGACAGGUCCUCAAGGACGAUUGGCGGGCCAAGCUUGCCAAACUUCCACUCUGCAACUCAAAGGUGACGGCAAAUCCACCUUCACCACCGUCACCGGGAGGGCUACCUCCAGUUCCGAUGGAGCAACCUACGAUCACACCAACCGCGAAUGAUUCAACGUUGGAGACCUCUACCAUUACCCUACUACAGGAGAUAUCAGACAGCUUCCGCACCACAAACUUCCGCGCAGACGCCCACGGGGCUUUCAGCGUCGCAAGAUGAAGAAAUGACUCUGACUCCAUUCCGGACAAGGUUACAUUUGGGUCCUCAGUCUUCGACACCAUUCAGCACAUUGUCUGCCUUGGCCGCUGCAAGUCUAUCUGCUGUAGCGACGGUGCUACCUCAGCAGGCACGAGCAUUGCUGACAGACUGUCCUGGGCUAUCCUCCCCGCGGUUGUUGCCAGUGUCUGCGCUUCUUGAUCGAGGUCAAUCUACAACGUUCAGUGUCGCCGCAACACCAUCAGGACGACUUCCAACCGUCCCGAUAGACCUCCAGGAGCACGGCCACAGUGACACAGGUAGCCACGAUGAGGAUACAAUGGCAGAGCUAGGGUACGACAAGGAUCAACCGCCCAGCAGCACGCGUAAACGUCUUAGAGCGGGCAGUCCACAUCAAGGCGAGGCUUCCAAGCGAGCAAGAACUGAUGGAGAGGAUCAACAAGCAGAGGCAGUGCCAAAGCGGGUGUA